AUGGCAAGAGACGGGACACGACGAGCAUCAAGGUCUUCUUUACGUGGACCAGUUGUUUCGGUAGACACUGAAGUCAACGCUGUGAUAGCGUUCGAUUGUGGCGUGUGUCUUGAGACCCUGAGCGGAGACCUCGCUGUUAAAAUGCUUGACUGCGAGCACUCUUAUUGUCAGGAUUGCCUUCGAGGACACGUUGAAUCUAAGCUUGGCGAGGGCCGUUAUCCGAUCCUAUGCCCGCUUUGUAUGACGGACAAAGCCAGAACAAAUCCAGGGACUGUCGGCCAACAACUUUUGGAAAAACUAGGACUGUCAGAAGAGAUUGUUGACAAAUUUGUUGAGCUUCAACUAGCAGGGCUUUCUUUUCCAGCUGAGCUCUGCGAAAAUACGACGUUUGUGGCUCGUGAAGAUUAUCUCGAGCAAGAUGUGGUCAUCUGCCCUCUACCAUACUGCCAUAAGUUUUGCAAAGCCUGUCUGAUAACAGUUGCUGAUGAUACCAACGAACACAUUUGUACCGCAAAUGACAACGGGUUGAUUCGCCUCAUGCGGGAAAAUGGGUGGCGGCAAUGUCCAGGUAGGUUCAGCCGAUGGAGUGUCUGA